AUGAGUUGUCGCCUGCAGAGCUCCUCUGCCAGCUACGGAGGUGGUUUUGGAGGUGGCUCUUGCCAGCUGGGAGGAGGCCGCAAUGUCUCCACUUGCUCAACCCGUUUUGUCUCUGGGGGAUCAUCUGGGGGCUAUGGAGGUGGCAUGAGCUGUGGCUUUGGCGGUGGGGCUGGUAGUGGAUUUGGAGGUGGCUUUGGCGGUGGGGCUGGUAGUGGCUUUGGAGGUGGCUUGGGUUGUGGUUUUGGUGGUGGCUUUGGUGGUGGCUUUGGUGACUUUGGGGGCAGCGAUGGCGGCCUCCUCUCUGGCAAUGAGAAGAUCACCAUGCAGAACCUCAACGACCGCCUGGCUUCCUACCUGGACAAGGUGCGUGCCCUGGAGGAGGCCAACGCCGACCUGGAGGUGAAGAUCAGAGACUGGAGUCUGAAGCAGAGCCCAAGCAGCCCAGAGCGUGACUAUAGUCACUAUUACAAGACCAUCGAGGAGCUUCGUGACAAGAUCCUGGCAGCCACUAUUGACAACAACCGGGUCGUCCUGGAGAUUGACAAUGCAAGGCUGGCUGCGGAUGACUUCAGGCUCAAGUAUGAGAAUGAGCUGGCCCUGCGUCAGAGCGUGGAGGCCGACAUCAACGGCCUGCGCAGGGUGCUGGAUGAGCUGACCCUGUCUAAGACCGACCUGGAAAUGCAGAUCGAGAGCCUGAAUGAGGAACUGGCCUACAUGAAGAAGAACCAUGAGGAGGAAAUGAAGGAAUUCAGCAACCAGGUGGUAGGCAAGGUCAACGUGGAGAUGGAUGCCACUCCAGGCAUUGACCUGACCCGCGUGCUGGCUGAGAUGAGGGAGCAGUACGAGGCCAUGGCAGAGAAGAACCGCCGGGACGCUGAGGAAUGGUUCCACAGCAAGAGCGCCGAGCUGAACAAGGAGGUGAUUUCUAGCACAACCAUGAUCGAGACCAGCAAGACAGAGAUCACAGAGCUCAGGCGCACACUGCAGGGUCUGGAGAUCGAGCUGCAGUCCCAGCUUAGCAUGAAAGCCGGUCUAGAGAGCUCCUUGGCAGAGACAGAGUGUCGCUACGCUCUGCAGCUACAGAACAUCCAGGGCGUCAUCAGCAGCAUUGAGCAGCAGCUGAGUGAGCUCCGCAGUGAGAUGGAGUGUCAGAACCAGGAGUAUAAGAUGCUGCUGGACAUCAAGACACGGCUGGAGCAGGAAAUCGCCACCUACCGCAGCCUGAUCGAGACCCAGGAUGCCAAGUAA